UUCCUUGCUGUUUGCUAUACAGGAUGGUCGGAAGAGGUACCAAUGUUCCAACGAAUAGUAUAAAUAGUGCUGGACAAUCACGACAAGAACAUCAUCCACAAGCAUCAAGCACAACUGGAAACAUCAUGUCUGCCUUACGUAGAGUAUCUGCUUUAACGUUUUUCCUGCUAUUUACUCUGUUGGCUGUUGAAGUCCCUGCCCGUGUACUGGACCUAGGCGAACAAUUAGCUAUUAAUCCAUCUCAAGUUUCAGCUGUUAUUGAGCCUCUGGUCCGUCAGGCUCGUCAACAAUCAACUGUCACAGUUACAAUCGUUAAAACCACCACUAUAUCGUCCGUUCUGAUGACAACGGUAACGACAAAGAAAACGUGCGGAGUUUUGGCCUCUACCAACGGAACAGUUAAUCCUGGUGAUAACGUCGACUUCACCACUGCUCCGGUAGCUGCCUGUAGCAGGAGGAAGCGUCAAUAUUGGGACGAGCCAGUCUUUAUUGCACUCAAAGAAGAUGAUAACCCUAGCCUUCAAUAUUUCCGUCUCAGCCCUAGCCAAGUGUUGAGUUUUGAACCGACGAUGUUGCCCCAAUUCCGCAAUACCUACAAUCCUAGUAUUGAGUUGGUGAAAGAAUCGCCUUCUGCCCUUGCUCCUUCGUUCGAAAAAUCGCAUGAAGAUGUUCGUAUUGCCAGUCCACUUUUCGGAGGAGGUAUUAACAGUCUCAUCUCAUCCAUUGUGUCUGGUAUUUUAAUAACAAAGACAACUACAACUUCGGUCGUGACGAUGUACACAUCGACUUCGGUUUCCACGUCGUUCACUGACACUACGAGCUUCUAUGUGGUUGGAGCUUGUUAUCCAGCCGGAUUAACGAUUUGUUAAGGAGGAAACAUACGAAUGCUGGUGCCAAUGCUUCGAUCAGAACAUUAAAUAUUCAUUCAAUUAAAAUUUGGACUAUCCUUCUUUCUUAUGGCAAUAUUUAAAGGCAUAGCACAGUAGCCAUUUUUCUUUUUUUUUUU